AUGACGUCCACCCUGGCCACCACCGCCACCUCCCGCCCUCUCCGCCUUCCAGCCUCCCUCCCCUCGCCGCCUCCUGUGGCCCGCCCUGGCGGCGGCCGCCGCCGCGGCGCGGUCCUGCGCUGCGCCUCGGUGUCCGAGAUCGCGCCCGCGGUGUCCGCCGCCUACGGCGCCCUCCUCGUGGGCGGCGGCGCUUUCGCAUAUGCGCGGUCGGGGAGCAAAGGCUCCGUCCUUGGAGGGGCCUCCGGAUCUGCGCUCAUGGGCCUUACAUAUUAUCUGAUGCAGUUUUCUGAGACGAAGGCACUAGGCGAUGCUGUUGGAUUUGGGUCCGCCUUUCUGUUUGCCUCUGUGUUUGGUAUCAGGUUGUACAAUACCCGGAAGCUGGUGCCAUCCGGCCUUCUUUUAGCUCUCUCUCUAGGUGCCCUGGGAGUCUUUUAUGCUGCUUACUUACAAGACAAGGUGUGA